GUACAUGGAGAGUGAUUUACCUGCAAACGUUUGUUCAUAAAUCCCGACACUGGCUAAGUUACAUCAUAUGGCAGGAAGACGCUUUACAACGAAGACAAAUUUAAAAAUUUGCACUAAUAUUGAGCUGUACAAUUUUCUGGGAGAGGUCUCACUGGUCUGUUUGCAACAUUGAAGAAUGUCCGAAGUUUUUUCAUGAGCAGUUGCAAGGUCAACAAAAUGUUGACAGAAACGAUAAAGUCACGAGCUGCAGAAGAAGGCAUUCGUGCUUUCAGACGGAAGCAAAAACAGUGAAGAAGUGGAGGUUGUUGAAACUUUCAAAGACAGAAGUAAAAAUGGUGAAGAAAUUAAAGUUGUUGCAACACUUGAAAACAAGAGAAUUACGUUUAAAAAGUUUAACUUUGAUGUUUGGCGCAAAAAAAUAAGUACAAUAAAGAAAAGUUGCUGCUCACAUGAAGAACACUGGAGAACUUAGAUAAAUUUUUGCAUGACUGCUAGAAGAGAACUAGCUUCCACGGUUCCAGCAGUUAUGGAGAUCUUGGAAGAAGGGAAUUGUUCUAUGAAUAAUGGCGAUUAUGAAACGGCUAUUGAACAUUACAAAAAAUGUUUGAAUUCUACCGACGAAAAUAGCCUGAAGACGAUAGCAUAUUUUGGCCUUGGUAAUGCUUACACCCUCUCUAAUGUAUUUGAUGAAGCAACGAAAUAUUUUAAUCAUUGUUUGAAUCUUUCUGCUGAAGUCAGUUGUAAAUAUUUUGAACAUCAAGUGUACCUUGGCUUGGGAAGUAUUUGUUCUACCACUGAAGGGUUGGAGAACGGCAUGAAGAAAGAAGAAAUGGUCUGUCUUUGUCAUGUUGCAUUGGGAGGAUUGAAUAAGUUACUUGAAAAUUAUGACAAAUCCUUGGAGCAUUAUAGGAAAGGAUUCUCUCUGAUUGAAAGUCAAGAGCUAGAAGACGAAGUGCAACGUUUACAAUUGGAAGACAGUGAACAAGAACAUCAUUAUCGAAUGCAGCGACAAAAAAAUGUCAGAAAAGGUGGUAUUAACGUUAGUAAAGAUUUUGUCAACUGUAACAUGAAGAACUUGUCAAUUGUUACUUCAGCUGGAAUUGUGAAUGGAGUGUUGGCUGUUUAUUGGGAAUUAGCAGAAUUGUUUGAUAAACUUGAAGAACGGAGGGAUGCAAUAGAUGUUUAUGAAGUAUAUCUUCAUAUCGUCGAAAAUGAUAAAGAUAUAGCAAAACAAAAGAACGCUAUGGAACGUCUGAUACGAUUAUAUGGGAAGGAAGGAAGUGAUUUGCAAAGGGAUUCGAUGAAAAAGAAGUUACAUGAAGUUGACAAAAUUAUAGUUUCAGAAUUGCAAUGGAAAUAUAAUGAUCCAUCGAUAAAACACCAAGAAUUAUUUUUAAAAAUGAUUAAGUAUGGGCGAGAUCCUAAUGUGAACGUUGAACUUUUAAACGAUGUUCGAGUAAUAUUCUCAGAUGAAUUUUGCAUUGGCGAAGGAAGUGAUGGAACCCGUGUUUAUCUUGGACUGAGCAAGGAUGGUUACGGGAAAGCUGUGAAACGAAUACUUCAGUACAACUUUAUCGAUUUUGCAGAGGAAGAAAUGAAAAUUUUUAAUGAAAUUAAAGAAAAGAAUUCGAAUUAUCUGGUGAAUUAUUCUUUCUUCAAAAAAGAUACUGAAACAGAAUGGGUCUAUUUGAUACUCGACCUGUGUGAAGAAUCGUUGGAGUGUUUAGUGCAUUCUUCUACUUUGGAGGAUCUUCAAAAUUCUCUUCCCAAAAUUCUCAGACACAUUUUAACAGGAUUAGCUGAUCUUCACCGCGAGCCAAGUUCUAUUCUUCACAGGAAUUUGAAGCCUUCCAAUGUUCUCUGCAACGCAGAAGGAAAAUUUCUGAUAGCUGACUUUGGUUUAAGCCGAACAAUGGAGAAUGGCCGUACGACACAUGCAAGCAUUGGUGAGAGGGGAACUCCGUAUUGGAUUGCUCCUGAAUCAUAUCGUAAAGAUUAUGAGUCGUUUGGCAAAUCAAGUUACAAAAGAGAGUCGGAUGUAAUGAAUGCAGGACUCGUUGCUUAUUAUGUUGCUACAAAAGGUAAACAUCCUUUUGGAUCUGAAGAGUGUAGACUGGCAAAUUUGCUACAUGGAAAUCCUGUUGGAUUGAAGGAAAUCAAGGAUGUUCAACUUAAACAUCUUCUUUCAUGGAUGCUACAGCUAAAUCCCAAACUCAGACCAUCAGCAAACGAGGCGCUUAAACACCCUUAUCUACUAUCUGAUAAAGAGAAGUUUCAUAUGCUGUGUGACCUGAGUAACCAACCACGGACAAAAAUAUCGCGUUUACUUCAUUCUCCUAAUUCAGAUGUCAAUAUGCAGUUGAAUCGUCAAAUAAGUUGGAAAGAUUGUAUCGACCCUGAAGUCUUUAAUCUUUUCAAUAAAGGAUACUACGACUCUACAUGGUUGGGUUGUGUAGAUUUUUUACUAAAUUUUCACCAGCAUUGGCGCUAUAAGCCUCCUACACAACUGCCUCAAAGCAAUGGUAACUAUGAAGAGUAUUUCCUGCAUGUUUUCCCUAAGCUUCCUCUACUUGUACAUAGUAUCAUGAAGUUAAUUGAAGGGAAAUCACUUCCAGAUCUCGAAGAACAUUUAACCAAAAUGCAGUUGCAAGAAUGGAAACACAUUGAUGAACUAACAAAGCACAAAGAAAAGUUAUUAAAGUUAAUUAAGUGUGAGAAUGUUGAAAAUGUGAACAAUGUACGGGUUAUUUUCUCAGACGAAUUUUGCAUUGGAAAAGGAAACGAUGGAACCCGCGUUUAUGUUGGACUGGGAAAGGAUGGCUCUGAAAAAGCUGUGAAACGAAUUCGUCGAGAUAGCUGCAUCAAAAUAGCAGAGAAGGAAAAGAAAAUUUUGAAUGAGGGAAACGCAAAAUACUCGCAAUAUGUUGUGAAUUAUUCCUACUACGAAGAAAACCUUGGAACAGAAUAUGUCUACUUGAUAAUUGACCUAUGUGAAGAGUCGUUGAAGGAAUAUGUGGAAUCAAAUUCAAAUAGUUUGUAUUACCUUCAAAAAUUACUUCCCGACAUUCUUAAACAAAUUUUAAAAGGAUUAGCUGAUCUUCAUAGCGGUCCACAUCCAAUUCUUCAUCGAGAUUUGAAACCUUCCAAUGUUCUACGAAACGCACAAGGCAAAUUUUUGAUAGCCGAUUUUGGUAUUAGUCGAAUUAUGAAGAAUGACUCUCAGACAUACGUAAGCGAUGCUAAUAGGGCAACUCAGCAUUGGAUUGCCCCUGAAUCUUAUAUUGUUGAUAAAAAAAUAUUUGAUAAAGCGCGAUACAAAACAAAGUCCGAUGUAAUGAAUGCAGGAAUGGUGGCUUACUUUGUUGCAACAAAAGGAAAACAUCCUUUUGGACUUGAGAAGUAUAGACUACGAAACAUGUUGGAGGGAAAACCCGUUGGUUUGGAAGAAAUCAAUGAUGUUCAACUUAAAGAUCUUCUUUCGUGGAUGCUACAACAUUCACCAGAAGACAGGCCAUCUGCCAAAAAGGCGUUAAAACACCCUUAUCUGAUAUCCUUUGAAAAGAAAUUUAGCAUGCUAUGUGAUAUGGGAAACCAGCCGGAAAUGAAACAAUCACAAGGUCAAAGUUCUCCAAAUUCAUAUGUCGUUGCGCAAUUAUAUGCUCCCAUGGAAUGGAUGACGCGUAUUGAUGAUGAAGUCUUGGAAGAUUUCAAAACCUUUAUAAAGAAUGGCAAAGAGAUAACUCUGAUUUACGAGCCUACAUGGGCAAGGUUACUAUAUUUAGCAACUAUUGCGAAAUUUUUUGAACGCUGACCGUGGCUCUUCAUUCUGAGAUUGCUGGCUCGAAUUUACGAACAUAUUCCGAGCAUAUUCAUGGCGUAUUCGGCAAGAUUCGAGACGCUUUCGGUGAUUUUACAGUUCAGAGUUUAACUGGAUGAUAAUACUAUUUUAACA